CUAUGUCUGAUGGCAUUUGACCCUAUUGCUUUUAGCCUUCUGGCUAAAUAUCUAUAUAUACACAGGUAUAUGUGUAUAUUUUAUAUAGUUGCUCUCCGUUGGUUGAUAUCAAGGAGAGUUGAAGGAAAUGAAUUUUGAAACUUCACGGUGUGCCACCCUACAGUACCGCCCCGACCCUUACAUCCAGCGCUUUGUAGAAACCCCAGCGCAUUUCUCUUGGAAAGAAAGUUAUUACCGAUCCACCAUGUCCCAGAGCACACAGACAAGUGAAUUCCUUAGUCCAGAGGUUUUCCAGCAUAUCUGGGAUUUUCUGGAACAGCCUAUAUGUUCAGUUCAGCCCAUUGACUUGAACUUUGUGGAUGAACCAUCAGAAAAUGGUGCAACAAACAAGAUUGAGAUUAGCAUGGACUGUAUCCGCAUGCAAGACUCGGACCUCAGUGACCCCAUGUGGCCACAGUACACGAACCUGGGGCUCCUAAACAGCAUGGACCAGCAGAUUCAGAACGGCUCCUCGUCCACCAGCCCCUACAACACAGACCAUGCGCAGAACAGCGUGACAGCGCCCUCGCCCUAUGCGCAGCCCAGCUCCACCUUCGAUGCCCUGUCACCGUCGCCGGCCAUCCCCUCCAACACUGACUACCCGGGACCGCACAGCUUCGAUGUGUCCUUCCAACAGUCGAGCACUGCCAAGUCUGCCACCUGGACGUAUUCCACCGAGCUGAAGAAACUGUACUGCCAAAUAGCAAAGACAUGCCCCAUCCAGAUCAAGGUGAUGACCCCACCUCCUCAGGGAGCUGUCAUCCGUGCCAUGCCUGUCUACAAGAAAGCUGAACACGUCACUGAAGUGGUGAAGCGUUGCCCCAACCAUGAGCUGAGCCGUGAAUUCAAUGAGGGACAGAUUGCCCCUCCUAGUCAUUUGAUUCGAGUGGAAGGGAACAGCCAUGCCCAAUAUGUAGAAGACCCCAUCACAGGAAGACAGAGUGUGCUGGUACCUUAUGAACCACCCCAGGUUGGCACUGAAUUCACGACAGUCUUAUACAAUUUCAUGUGUAACAGCAGUUGUGUUGGAGGGAUGAACCGCCGUCCAAUCUUAAUCAUUGUUACUCUAGAAACCAGAGAUGGGCAGGUCCUGGGCCGCCGUUGCUUCGAGGCCCGGAUCUGUGCUUGCCCAGGAAGAGACAGGAAGGCAGACGAAGACAGCAUCAGGAAGCAGCAAGUUUCGGACAGCACAAAGAACGGCGAUGGUACGAAGCGCCCUUUUCGUCAGAACACACAUGGUAUCCAGAUGACAUCCAUCAAGAAACGAAGAUCCCCAGAUGAUGAGCUGUUAUAUCUACCAGUGAGGGGCCGAGAGACUUAUGAAAUGCUGUUGAAGAUCAAAGAGUCCCUGGAGCUGAUGCAGUACCUUCCUCAGCACACGAUUGAAACAUACAGGCAGCAGCAGCAGCAACAGCACCAACACUUACUUCAGAAACAUCUCCUUUCAGCCUGCCUCAGGAAUGAACUUGUGGAGCCCCGGAGAGAAACUCCGAAACAAUCUGACGUCUUCUUUAGACAUUCCAACCCCCAAAACCGAUCAGUGUACCCAUAGAGCUGUGUCUCUGUAUUUCAAUUGUGUGUUUGUUGGGUUUCCAUGUGUGUAUAUGUGUUUGUAUCCAGCCUUUGAAAACAGAACUUGAAGACACUUUGGCUUAGAGACCCAACUGCUCAAAGGCACACAGCCACUAGUGAGAAAAUCUUUUGAAGGGACUCAAAACUUUAAAGAAAGGACGCUUUCUACAGAUUUUGUAUCCUUAGAUCUGACAUUGGUCAGACAGGAACCACUGUGUAUGUCCGUGAGAUUUCUGUUGUUUCCUGGGAGGGAGGGGUUAAGCCGAAGAGGGGCCAUUAGGAUGUUUAUUGGAACCCUUUUCUUUUCCCUUCCCUUGUGUUUCUCAAACUCAUAAUGAAGCUUUUGAGCAGGUCUCAAACUUAAGAUGUCUUUUUAAGAAAAGGAGACAAAAAUUGUUAUUGUCUGUACAUAGGUAAUGCAUUGGCGGCUGAGGGACUCAGUCAGGCCCUUUUAAUGCUGGUCAUGCAGUUAUAUUGCAAAUAGUAACAAUUUAGGGCACCACGUGCACUGCUGGGCAGAGAGGUGAUGAUCACCUUAAGUAGCCUACGUUGAGGGCAAGGUGGGUGCUCUUUUCCUCUUUUUGAGAACUUGCAUUUUUAGUAUCCUCUCCUCAUGUACAGGUAGAAAGUUCCUCAGUGUUCUGUCAGAGUUUUCUCUGCACCGUAGGUCACCAUCUGAUACGAUAGUGUUGUUUGCACACGAAACCCUAAAGACUUAACCCCUGAAUUGUUGUUUAGACCCAUGGCAGGUAAACUAGCUUUGUGGUUGGUUUUAAUAGGAAGGUAAAGCCACCCAGAAAUAUUGCCCCAAGUACUUGUUUACCAUUAUGCAAUGUCCAAAAUGGAAUUCAGAUUCCUCUUACCAAAUCUAAGAUUCAUUUAUUUAACUGGGGCUCCUGGUUCUCAAUCCUACCCACUAUAAAAUCAGCCAGGGUACUGACUAUGCUCAGUGUCAUUUAUCCAGGAGAGAGAUGUUUUGUUUAACAGAUGUCCAAGCAGACAUGUUAAAAUCAAUAUUUCUGGUCUACAAGUUACAGAGAAAAAAAUAGAUGAUUUUUUUUUGCUUUCAUUAUUUGUUUUCUGACUCAAAGAGUUGAGAAUCUGUUUCUUUCCAUAUUAAGAUAUAGUGUAAAGGCUUUACCCACCCUCCCCCAUCUUCCCACAGGUCACUAGCACUUCAAUCUGUCACCAAGACAAUGAUUUCUUGUUAUUGAGGUUGUUGCUUUAUGGAUGUGUGAUUUUAAUUUUCAAUAAACUUUUGCAUCUUGGUUUAUCUUGCA